CGAUCCUGCGCAGACGAGCAGUAAUUACGAUCGAUCGAUUGAUUGAUUGAUUGACUGAUUGAUUGAUUGGCGUCUGAAUGUUGUUUGCGCGUACACGGGGGUUCGGGAGCGCGCGCGUAUGUGCUUAGUCACGCUGAGUUUCUGCUUUCUGACUGAACGGAGGAAACCGAUCAACAUCAUUAAACUCCUGAAACGAGACCACCUCUAACGAGUCUCAAUCUGACGCUGUAAGAGACUUCAGGAGACGUCCGGCCUUCAGGAUCAGAUGCUGGUUUUAGACGGGUUUAUCUUCCCAUUAAAGCCAGACCUGCUCAGAAAGACCGAUUCUCUUCACGUGGUCUAGACGUUUCUCCUCCCCUUGAGGAAGAGACACCGAUAUGUGAAGACAGACCGGUUGGAUGGGAGCGUUUAUCUCUGUGCUCUUCCUGGUUCAUAAAUAAACUGGUGAUGGUGAAGCAUCUAAACAGAGUCAAAUCAAAGCGAUUGUGUGUGGAAUGGAGAAGCGUGCGAGUCCCUGAGGAGCUCUUGUGUGAGAAUGAGCACGAGCGCUUCGUAAGCGCAGUCUGAAGAGCGUCCGGAUCUCACGCCGAUCUCGAGGCUGGCGAGCGAGGAUGCGCGGGCCGAGCCGCGGCCGGUGAGCAUGUACACGGCGUCCGGUAUGACGGAGUGUAAGGCGGAGGUGACUCCGUCGGCGAGGAACGGUCACCGUGUCUUCAGCUACACGCUGGAGAGCCACACGGCGGCCGCCUUCUCCAUCAUGAACGAGCUGCGUCUGGAGCGCCAGCUCUGCGACGUCACGCUGAGGGUCAAAUACAACCAGCUGGAGGCCGUGGACUUCGUGGCUCAUAAGGUGGUGCUGGCCUCGUCCUCGCCGGUGUUUCGCGCCAUGUUCACCAACGGCCUGAAGGAGUGCGGGAUGGAGGUGGUGCCCAUCGAGGGGAUCCACCCCAAGGUCAUGGGCCGGCUCAUCGAGUUCGCGUACACGGCGAGCAUCUCUGUGGGCGAGAAGUGUGUGAUUCACGUGAUGAACGGGGCCGUCAUGUACCAGAUCGACAGCGUGGUCAAGGCCUGCUGUGAUUUCCUCGUGCAGCAGCUCGACCCGAGCAACGCCAUCGGCAUCGCCAGCUUCGCCGAGCAGAUCAGCUGCACGGAGCUUCAUCAGAAGGCCAGAGAGUACAUCUACAUGAACUUCAGUCAGGUGGCCACGCAGGAAGAGUUCUUCAACCUGUCUCACUGCCAGCUGGUGACGCUGAUCAGCCGCGACGAGCUGAACGUGCGCUGCGAGUCCGAGGUGUUCCACGCGUGUGUGGAGUGGGUCCAGUACGACCGGGAGAACCGGCGUCCGUAUGUGCAGGCGCUGCUGCAGGCCGUCCGCUGCCACUCGCUCACACCGCUCUUCCUGCAGCGCCAGCUGGAGCGCUUCGACUGGGACGCACAGAGCAAAGACUACCUGUCGCAGAUCUUCCAGGACCUCACGCUGCACAAGCCCACUAAAGUCAUCCCCUGCCGGACGCCCAAGGUGCCGCAGCUCAUCUACACGGCCGGAGGCUACUUCCGGCAGUCUCUCAGCUAUCUGGAGGCGUUUAACCCCUGCUCCGGCGCCUGGCUGCGGCUGGCUGACCUGCAGGUGCCCCGCAGCGGACUGGCGGCCUGCGUCAUCAGCGGUCUGCUGUAUGCGGUCGGCGGCAGGAACAACGCUCCGGACGGAAACAUGGACUCCAGCAUGCUGGACUGUUACAACCCCAUGAACAACUGCUGGCUGCCCUGCGCUCCCAUGAGCGUGCCGCGCAACCGCAUCGGCCUGGGCGUCAUCGACGGCAUGAUCUACGCCGUGGGCGGCUCGCACGGCUGCGUCCAUCACAACAGCGUGGAGAGGUAUGACCCGGAGCGGGACUGCUGGCAGCUGGUGGCGCCGAUGCUGUCGCGGCGGAUCGGAGUCGGUGUGGCCGUGAUCAACCGGCUGCUGUACGCGGUGGGCGGCUUCGACGGCACGCACCGGCUGAGCUCCGCCGAAUGCUACAACCCCGAGAGAGACGAGUGGAGGACCAUCGCUUCCAUGAACACGGUCCGCAGCGGCGCAGGUGUGUGCGCUCUGGGGAACUACAUCUACGUGAUGGGCGGAUACGACGGCACCAAUCAGCUGAACAGCGUGGAGCGAUACGACGUGGAAACGGACGGCUGGAGCUUCAUCGCUUCCAUGAGCCACAGACGCAGCGCGCUGGGAGUGACGGCGCACCACGGACGCAUUUACGUGCUCGGUGGGUAUGAUGGGAACACGUUCCUGGACAGUGUGGAGUGUUAUGACCCGGAAACAGACUCGUGGAGCGAGGUCACCAACAUGACGUCCGGCCGCAGCGGCGUCGGAGUGGCUGUGACCAUGGAGCCGUGCCAAAAGGGCCUGAGCCCGUGUCAGAAACGCUAGAAACACACCUCCGUCUGUCCGUCUGUGCUCAUUAAAGCUCUCUCUCUCUCUCUCUCUCUCUCAGCCGGUGUCGUUAGCGCACAAUACAUCUGUUGUUCUGAUGAACCUCAGUCUCAGUGCUCAGGAGAACAGGAGAGCUCCUGCCUCUUCUGUCUGUGUUUUUCUCUCCUGGAGUCGAGUGAAGGUUAAUAAUCGAGCAGCAGAGCUUCUAUCAUACGGGAUGAUGUGUGGACGUCUACCUCCCUCCUGACCCAAUGAAGUGCCAUGACCCGCCGCGUCAGUAUGUGCUGGACUCGACCCUGGCCAAACCCUGAACCGACACCGCUCCGCUCCGCUCCAGUUCAUCAGUGUAGAUUAAGCUGUUCGGAUGGUUUUGUAUUUGUCUUUUUCAUGUCAGACGUCGAUGGCCUGAUUUGUGUGAAACGAACUCGAGAUCGCCUCAGAGCUUCUGGAGAUGUACAAACAUACAAGAUCACUUUUACUAACGAGAUGAGCUGUGAAGCGUUUCCAGAUUUAUCUAGCUGUAUUCCAGCCUACACAGGUGUUUUAUGCCAACAUUGUUUUUGCUCAAACGAAAGAUGAUUUUCACAGGCUGAUGAAAUGAUGUAUUUGUAAAACCAAUUUAAGCUGCUUUUCCAGGGAUUUUGUACAUUGGUAUUGCAUGAAGUCUGUUUUUUUUAUUUAUUUGAGAUACUGUCCCUUUGCUAUUAGUGAUAUUGGCCCCUGUUCGUUCUUCAUGGACCGAACUCGGCCUCAUUUUUACAAAUUAAGCUUUUUGUUUGAAAAGGGAUGCGUUUUUCCUUUUAAUCACUCGAAAUUAAGUAUAAAGGGUUAUUUAAAAUCUGCUUUGUAAAUUUUACAGCAAAGAAUACAUUGUACAAAUCUUGUAUAUUAAAAGCGUUCGUUUCA